AUGUCCCUGAAACCACACCUCCCGUCCGAUACCCUCGAACUCACGAUCCGCUUCACCGUAUCCCUCCCGGACCUGCAUCUCUCUAUCUCCCUCUUCGAGCAGCCGCUUGCCAACACUUCCACACUCAAGCAGCUGAUCCGUACGCACCUGCCCACCGAGCAUGCAUCACGCCGCAUUCGUCUCAUCUACAGCGGCAAGGCCCUCGCCGACGAUGCAGCGCUAUCCGCGUCCCUGAAGCGGCCGCCUUCGCACCCGCCUUCGCGCUCCUCCACUCCCCGGCCCCCCACCAGCUACAUCGGUCGAGGUAACUCAUCUUCCACCACACCAAACCCCAAGACCCCAAUUCGAGAGCCCUUUACCUCCUCUGGCCCGCGUAUCUACAUCCAUUGCUCACUCGGUGACCUCGUCCUCACCCCAGCCGAACUCGCCAACGAAGCGCGCCUGGCUCAUACCAUUUCCGAGCCCUCUGCUACAUCGACCAGCACCUCAAACCAGAACACCACCGCCGCGCAAGAUGACACGGAGGCCGCCACCGGACCUCCGCAGCGCGGCUUCGACCGCCUCCUCAGCACGGGCUUCACGGCGACCGAAGUCUCGUCCCUGCGCAUGCAAUUCCUCGCGAUCCACGCACGCACGCACAUCCCCGACGAGAUGCCCUCACCGACGACACUGCGAAAUAUGGAAGACCAAUGGCUGGACAACUCCGGUGGCGGGGUUGGUCCGAUGGACAGUCAAGGCGGAGAGGGUGGGGCCGGCGGCGGCGGGUUACCGAUGAGCGAGGAGAGCGAGGCGGGUGCCAUCGACGACAUGAUCUACGGAGCGGCGAUGGGGUUCUUCUGGCCGAUUGGGUGCUUGAUGUGGGCGUGGCGCGAGGAAGGCGUGUGGAGCGAGAGGCGGAAGAUGGCCGUGGGGGUUGGGGUCGUGCUGAAUGUGGCGCUUGGGCUGGUGAGGUAUACGGGGUAG